UAAAAAUAAAACAAGUUUAAGUUUAGUUAAAGUAACAUUUUCUAUAAUUUCGAGUAACAAAAUACAAUAAUUCCUUUGCAAGAUUUCCUAGUGUUUUCUAUCUACCUAGUUUGCAGUAUAAUAAAUAAUACUAAUAGAUUGUAAUCGUAGCGGAUAUCGUACACUGUGGUAGUUAAAACAUAAAUUCGUGACAAUGAUGAACCAAAUGGGAAUGCACAUGCAGCAACCGGGUGUCGUGCCGGGUGUACCUGGGGGACCGGUUGGCAUUGCCGGUGGGCCAGUAGGCAAUGUCGGCGUUUCGCCGGUAAUGAUGCAGUCCCCCCAAAUGCAGCAGCAACAAGUAGCUGCCCAGCAACAACAGCAGCAGCAGCAACAACAACAAGCCCAAGCUCAUCAGCAGCAGCAGCAGGCCCAGCAAACCGAAAAAGUGGACAACAUUUCGAAGGUGAAGGGACUGGUUGGUCCGCUGCGGGACUCUCUUUCGACGACGAUCAAAACUGCGGCACAAUUGCUUCAGCAGAAUAAUCUCAAUGAUGCGGGAACGAAGGGAGGAGACAUGAGCAUCUCCGCUCCACGAUUCGAUAAACAUCUGGAGGAGUUCUAUUCUAUAUGUGACCAAAUCGAACUAAAUCUGAAAACGGCAAAACUGUGCAUGCAACAGGGAUCAUCCUCGCAGCAGUAUCUUCCCAUACCAGUGGCUCCAACGCAACCCAACCCUGCUGAGACCAACGCUCUCUCAUAUAGUCAAUACUUGGACGUGGUGAAAAUCCAAAUCGGUUAUGCGAAAGACAUUCACGACACCCUCAUUUGCGCUGCUCAGAACAUCUGUCCAAGCGAAUGAUAGACUCGUCCUACCGCGUGGGAUAUCUACGAUUAUAAUGAUAGGCUUUAUUAGGUCAUCAUUUGACGCAGGCAAAGCGUACAUACGUUUGAAUGAAAUCUUUUAUUUUUAUUCCACUUAUGGCAACUUAGGACUAUAUAAAAUAUCUAGCUUGUAGCUGUAAAAUAAUUUAAUCCGAUUUGACGAGAAGAGAUUCAUUUUUCACACUCCGA